UUAAGGCUAGUUUCGUUUCAUCCUGCUGACAGUUUUUAGGUUUAGGUUUUGUUUUCCGUUGCUCACAGCAGAGUCUGUGUCCACUUUAAGUUUCGUUACCGAAUACUAAAAAGCAGCUGUGGGCUAAGAUAGGCGCUGUGACAACAUGUUUGCAUGGGGAGAGGACAGUCAGCGGGGCUUUCGCUUAAAAGUUGCUUCACAUGUCGACAGUAGGCCUACAACAGAUAAUGGGGUUCAUCCUAUGAAUGUCAGUUAUUACAUCACGGAUCUGUCCGGAGGUCACAACGUACUGGCUUUCGUCAAAAGUAAUGGAAACGCGUUCAUUAUUCGCACAAAUGUGAGCAAAGAUGGGAGAAGAGCCAGAGGAAAACAGAAGUUUGUUGAGUGGAAAGAGAAGAUUCGGGCUGUGAGUUGUGGUGAUGAUAUGGUCACACUGCUGUCUGAGAGAGGAACAGUUCUCUGUGUAGACGCAACUCGCACCUACAUUCCAAGGCCCCUGGAAGCUUUGUGUAGCAUACCAGUUUGUCAGGUUGCUUGUGGGAGCCAGCAUUCAGUUGCUCUGACCAAAGAUGGUCAGGUGUAUACAUGGGGCCAGGACUCCAGGGGCCAGCUUGGUCUGGGGAAGAGGAAGCCCGGCGCCAAUUCACCCCAACACCUCCGAUCCCUGUCAGCGCUCCCCUUGGUCCAGAUCGCUGCAGGGGGAGAGCAGAGCUUCGCCCUCUCUGUCUCUGGAGGUGUGUUUGGCUGGGGGAGAAACCAUUGUGGACAACUUGGGCUGGGAGACACAACAGACAGACACACACCAACUCCUGUUCAUUGCCUGCACAUGAAGGAAACAAUUCAUAUUUCCUGUGGAAAGAACCACACUGCCACUUUGACAAAGACUGGUGCAGUGUUUACAUUUGGCUCUGGCCAAUAUGGACAGCUUGGGCACAACUCAUUCAGAGAUGAACUACGACCUCGGCUUGUUGCAGAGCUCUGGGGGGCAAAGGUCUCCAUGACUGCAUGUGGACAACAUCACACAUUAGUGUUGACAGACUCCAAGAGGAUCUACUCCUUUGGGUGUGGAGAGCAGGGGCAGCUGGGACAUGGGGGGGAGAGUCAACCGUCUGUGCCGCUACCUGUUCAACUGCCCCAGGACACCGCUGAUGAUCCUAAAGUCAGAAACAUCUUUGCAGGAGGAAACUGUUCGUUUGCAACAUGCAGGUCCAAUGAGGACAUUCAUGAGGAGGCAAACAACGAUGUAACACCGCAUUGUCUCGAUGAUGCAAUUGAUAAAUGGACCCCUGAAUGUGAUUCAAAGUCAUGGAAAAAGAUAAAACAGGAAAUUCACAGGAUGUUCUCCUCUGCAUCUUGUGUGAAUGCAAGCUUCCUUGAGCAAAGUAAAGAUAAACAUUUCCAGACUUCAUCAAAAUACUCCGGCUUGAACUUGUCACUUGCACGACGAGCUUUCAAGAAACUGGUAAAGAAGGACAAUGUUUUUGCAGAGCUUGAGGCUGCUGUCCUGCACUUGCUUCCUUGCCUUGAAAAGAAGCCUGUGGGAGUGGAGGGAUUGAGAAUCUAUCUGCUUCUCAAUGAGCUCCUGCAUGUGAUCCACCGACACAAAUGGCAAAAUAUUUGCACAAAGCUUUCUGAGGCGGUCGCUGCUGCUGUACUAAACUUGUCUGCUGACAGCCUCCUGGUCAUAGGGGACUGGUGGUCCUCACUUUCACCUUCCACCAUGGUUAGACAUGUUAAGGUGUGGAAGCAGGCCCUCUCAAUGAUCCUGUCCUGCAGGCCUGUUCCUCGCAACUCUGGAGUCAGAAACCUGCUACUAGUCCUCCAGUACAUGUACAACGCCAACAACAGGAUUGCAGAGCCUGGAAGGUUGCCAGAAAGGGAUUUUUGUGUGGUGAUUGACAAACACUUUCUUCAAGAGGAUCUGCAGAUUUGGCAUUUAUGGUCAAAACGCAAGAAAAUGCAUGCUGAGCCACUUAUCCUUUGUAGCUUUCCAAUUCUGUUGGAUCUGGAGUCAAAGAAAUUUGCUUUUGACAUGGAUACUAUCAUCUCCAAGCAAGAAGCAAUACAACACACCUACUUGGAUUUGUUUUGGGAAUAUGGAUGCAUUCCUCUGCCUCAAGAUCUUCUCUUUCAACUGGACCUGAGGCGAGGAUCAGUUUUGGAAGACACCCUUGAACUACUGGCUGUUGGUUGUGACAGUGACUACAAGUUGCCGCUUUUGAUUGUUUUUGAUGAAAACUAUACAAUCAAUGAUAUACCGCUCUACACAAAAGACUUUUUUCAUGAAGUCUUUCACGAGAUGGUGUCAGUUGAAUACGGGAUGUUCAUGUUCAACGACUCCAAAACGCUGGCAUGGUUCCCGUCCAGAGCAACACAUGAGGUCCAGAGAUACUUCCAGUUUGGACUUCUGUGUGGACUGGCUAUGUACAACCAUUGCAUCAUACACCUACCCUUCCCAUUGACUCUGUUCAAGAAGCUGCUUGGUGUCAAGCCUUCACUGGUGGAUAUGAUAGAAUUCAGCCCAUGUGUAGGAAAGAGUCUGCUGGAAAUCCUAAAAGUCUACGAAGACAAUGUCAUAGAGAGUCUCUACGAGGUUUUCAAAAUCACCUGCGAUGGGACAGAGGUUGACCUUGAUCUUGAAAAUCCUGAAAAACCAGUGACAGGUCAAAAUAAGAAGGAGUUUGUGGAUGCCUACGUGAAUCAUGCCUUCAACACUUCAGUGGAGAGUGUGUUUCAGGAGUUCAAGCGUGGCUUCUUCCAGGUGUGUGACAGGGAUUUGGUGAAGCUGUUUCGACCAGAGGAGCUACAGGAAGUGCUGGUGGGCAAAGACUUCCAAGACUGGGCAAAGCUGAAACAGAACACAGUUUAUGAGGGGGAGUACAAUACCACACCACCACACCCCACCAUACAGAUGUUCUGGGAGGUUUUUGAGGAACUAACUGAGGAUCAAAAGAAAGAUUUCCUUCGGUUUGUGACUGGUUUUGAAAGGGUGCCGGUUCUUAAAAUGGAAAAGAUCAAGAUGACUGUCAAAGUUCCACAAGUCCAGGACCUCUCCUACGACUGGUACUUCCCUGAGACACACACAUGUAACUCAACCCUGGAGCUGCCGUUGUACUCAACCAAGGAGAUCAUGCACACCAAGCUGACAGAGGCCCUGAGCAAAAACUCACAAAACUACAAGGAGGACUUAAGGCUGUAAUAGAGGACUUUGUAAAUGGAUGACCAAGGAGCAGCCUUUGUUGCUACUGGCAGUGUAUCUGUGUAUAAGCAAACAUGAAAGGUUUGAAAUUGUUUGUAAUGAUUAAGUGUGUUGGGUGGGUGUCUAUAAAAAUUGCAUGCCUCAUAGUGAAUGUGUAUAUAAAUACGUUGCAGGAAAGCCUUAAGUAAAUGAUUGUAUUAUUUCUUCGGUACAUCACAGGUCAUAAAGAGUGUGAUAGAGUUUGUAAUUUCGAGGGCCUAGAAAAAAACAAAAAUAUCCAAACAGUAAUGAAUUUGUAAAGCAAAGCAUUAUUCUGUAUAUUGUAAAGACUUGUUACAUUUAUAAAGAGA